AUGGCGCCCCCCUCUGUCCAGCACAAGCGAACAAAGAAGACACGCGCGUGCGACCAAUGCCGCAAAGCGCGUACAAGAUGCGAAGAUCCACCCGCUGCCUCGUCAUCCCCAAUCUCGUCGUCGAGCAAGUGCUGGCGAUGUUCGAAGCUGAACCGCGACUGCACUUUUGUCCUGCCGGUCGUGGAAACGCGAGGAGUGUCGUCGUAUCUCCGAACAGGGCAGGAUGAUCAGUCGAAUCCGAGCGAGGACUACCUACAGAUUUUCCAAACCACGUUCCUGCCCUGCUGUCCAAUCGUCUCGCCUAUGUGGUUCAACUCGUCUGUGCAUUCGUCGCGAGUGUUUCUGACGUGCAGCAUGCGAUAUAUCGGUGCGCUGCUGGCCGGCGCACCGGAAUCCGAUCUCGAAGAAGUACGACGAUCGAUAUACUCCUACAUCGCGACAAAGUCCCCCAUGACCGCCCCCAUCCCGCAAAACGUACAGGCGCUCGCGCUGCUUGCGUUGAGGAUAGAAGACCACUCUUCUGGGAUAUGGCAUGUGACUGCGGUGCGAAUGGCGACAGCGCUCGGCUGGAAUCGAGCAGCUGGAAGGGACGAUCCGCGGGACAUGCAGGGUGACGACCAGGGCGAGGACCGGUCAAUGACCGAGUACCUGUGGUGGACACUUGUCUGUGAAGAUAUUUGGCUCUAUGUGUUUUCAGGUUCGCCGACCGUGGUUGCGGCAGGAGACCAUAGGAUUAGGAGACCGAAAGCGCCAGAGUUCAUGCGCGACUUGAUUGCGUUGUCGGAUAUCGCUAGGUUGCUGUUACGGCCGAGAUCGGUGGAUGUGCCGGCUGGAUAUACUGCUGACGAUAUGUUGGAGGAAUGGGAGGCUGAGCAUCCGGAUAUCGCGAGCAGUAGCGCGCCUGAUCUCAACCCAGGAAAUCUUCCUAAGCGUCAUCAGAAGCAUCACCCGCAGCAGCGAGACGACUUUCUGUCGCCUUCGCUUGGCGAAUUCACUACUGCGUCCUUGCAUUCGACUUCGACGACCUCACAGCAAACACAAACUGAAGGCCCGAUAAAACUCAACACGACCUUGACCCCGACAACAAUCAUCCAGCUCCUCUACGCCGCCGUAGUCGGCCUCUUCGUUCUGGGAAAAGUGACAAACGGCUCUUUCGACCGCAUCUCGGUCACCGAGCACCCGCUGCGCCAUCCCACCAUCUACAAAGCCUGCCUCGUCGCAGUGAAAUUCAAAAACACCGCCUUUGCGCGCUGGCGCUGUCUCACAAGACUGGCCGACAUCAUCGGCGCAGCGCUCUACGUUAUCGGCGACGACUACGGCCACCGCUGGGCGAGAGACCGCGGGUUCGGGGCCGAGAACGUGCAGAGCUUGGAGGAUCUGUGGGAUUGGUGGGCGGUGGUGGAUAAAGCUCAGAGCUCAGCGUCUUCUGCUGAUUCUUUGUCUUCGAACUCCGCGGCGCAGAAUGAGAACGGUUACGGUGAAUAG